ACCCAUUUUUUUUAGUAGAUCAACUUGCACCAGUAGAAUACACCGACUUCUGUACUUCAGUAUUUCAAAUGGCAUUAUCAGUUUCUUAUCAAUUUGAUUAUAACUCAUGAAACCUGCACUUAUACUAUAAAGAUCAUGGCCUUAAAUGCGGCACAUAGACAAAAUGUACAAAUAGCAGUGACUUUACAAGACAGUUUUAUGAAUGCUGUUCCGGAUUAUUUUACGAUGGGAGAUAACAUGAAACUUCAUCAUGACCCGCGGAAAGUCAAUGUCUUCGCUCAUAAGAAAUUCUCAGUCAAAAAUAACUUGUUUGCGGACUCCUAUGGAGAGGUAUUGGAUUUCAACACUGCCGAAGAGUUUUCAAACAUUAAAACCCGAUUGUUAACCAAUCCUAUAUUUUUACAAGUUCGGAUCGAAAAAGAGAAAACAUCUUAUUCUACGAGAUAUAUUACAAGCGGAAGCUUUAUUGUGUUCAUUAACACACAACAUCCCGUUAUUCAUCAACAAUUGAAUGAAAAAUUGCAACGAAUGCAAGAAUUAGUGAACGCGGGCAGGUCUGUUGCACUCGAGAUCAGAUUUGGUGAUGUCUUGGAGGCUUGGUUUAAAGCAAAUUUUCCGGAGUCUUGGGCUUCAUAUUCGACAGAGAAUUCUAAUUUCUGCAUCACAAAUUUUAGCCAGCGUUUUCAUGAAUGUUAUAACCCUAUAGCUUGGCUUGUCUGUCUUCCAUGUUGCCUGCUUGGAGCACCUUUCUAUUGUAUUCACAGACACAUGAAAUGUGUUGAUAUAGAUUGUUCUAUCAAUGCACAUGUUCAAUAUACGGCUGGAGUAAAUGCUCAGGAAAGACAAGAACUAGUAAAUAUGCUGACUCAAGCUUAUGUUAAUGGACUAAAUGACGCAAAUCGAUUAUAUGUUACUCAGCCUCCAGGAAAUCAGUUGCAAGGAGCACCUCCACCAUAUACUUCCUUUUCUCCGCAAGUUGCUACAAAGACUGUUGUAUGAGAAUAUUAUUACCUGUAUGUAUAUAUAUAUAAUUCCUAGUUUUUGUAAGACUUCACCCAAAUCAUGUCUAUAAUAGUAAUUGAGUGCUGAAAGGAGUUUGCUUUUGAAGAAUCGUUUGCUGGGUAAUGCUAUCUUGGCACUGUUGGCAACCAUAUCAGAUAUCACACAUUUGGUUGAGGAAUAGUUGGAAUAUUAGUUGGUAUAUGUUGUUAAAAUAUUCACUUACCGGUAUUAUUAUUGAUUGCCUCCUUUUUUUUUUCAAUAUUUUAUUUUGAUUAUUGAUUUCGAAAUAAUGUGACAUUAAUGAUGAUUUCUUGUUACAUUAUUUUACCCAAUUUAAGAUGGUAAAAAUAAUUGGUGCUCCCAGAAGUAUGCGUACCACGAUGUCGCACAACCUGAAUCUUAACCGGUACACACAUGACACAUACUAUGUUCAGGUUGUGCGCCUUCUUGGUGCGCAUACU